AAGAGACCUUUUUUUUUAACCCAAAGACUAUUUGAGCAAGAGAUUUAAUGGGUCAUUAAAAGGGGGGAAAAAUUGUAAAGGCCCUUUUGCUUCUGAAGUGCAGCUAACCUCAAAAAUAGGAGCUGUACUUAUAAGACAGAUACUCAAAUUAAGGCUUUACGUGAUGAAUUUUCUAUCCUAUGGAUAUCAGUUUUGAGAUUACAAACCAAGAAGAUCUGUAAUUGAUCUAGCACCAGAUAAUUUCAAUGCCUAAUAUUCCCCAGGAUUGCUGGAGUACCCUCAGAGUCGUCGGACUGUACUCGGGGUAUGCCAUGGGCUGUAUUCAGAGUAUUAGCUGCAAAUCCAAAGUUUUCCGGGAGAGUAUUUCAGUGAUUGAAGUUAAAGCCUCCAUUGAUCCCAUUCCCACCAGCAUCGACGAGUCCUCCAGCGUGGUCCUGCGCUACCGGACCCCUCACUUCCGAGCCUCUGCGCAAGUGUUGGUGCCCCCUCUCCCCAAGAAGGAGACCUGGAUCGUGGGCUGGAUCCAGGCUUGCAGCCACAUGGAAUUUUACAAUCACUAUGGGGAACAGGGAAUGUCAAGUUGGGAGCUUCCAGAUCUACUGGAUGGCAAAAUCCAGGCCAUCAGUGACUCGGAUGGAGUGAACUAUCCCUGGUACGGGAACACGACAGAAACCUGCACCAUCGUGGGUCCCACAAAGAAGGAGACCAAGUUCAACAUCAGCAUGAACGACAACUUCUACCCGAGCGUGACGUGGGCGGUGCCCGUCAGCGAGAGCAACGUGGCCAAACUCACGAGCAUUCACCGGGAUCAAAGCUUCACCACCUGGCUGGUCGCAACCAACACGGCCACCAACGAAAUGGUGACCUUGCAGACUAUCAAGUGGCGCAUGAGGCUGGGCAUCGAGGUGAAUCCCAGCAGACCCUUGGGGCAGCGUGCCAAGCUGCAGGAGCCCUCUGCUCAAGAGCAGCCCCAGGUCCUUAGCAAGAAUGAGCCAAUACCACCCAGUGCCCUUGUCAAACCCAAUGCCAAUGAUGCUCAGGUACUCAUGUGGAGGCCAAAGGAUGGACCACCCCUUGUGGUGAUACCUCCGAAACACCGAUAA